UAUUUACGGGUUCAAACAGUAUACGAUAAGGACGUCAUGAAACGACUUGUUUACUUUCUAGUUCUAGUGACAAGUAUCUGCGAAGGUCUCAGUAUUGACUGCAAGGGACUGAACGCCACAGUGUGUAGGAACCACCUUCAUGAUGCAACAUCCUACUGCGGUAGUGACGGCAAGCACUAUGCCAAUCUUUGUGAAAUGUGGAUGCCGUCAUGUGAACACAACGUCACCGUCGUCGGCGUUGGUCCCCACUGCGACCCUGUCACCCGACGACCUACCCACCCGCCGACCACUGAUCCUCCCCUGUCGCCAUUCGAACGCGCACUCUUCAAGAACAUCAUCCACGGAAUCGACGACCGCAUCGCAAGGAUUUACCAAAGACACAUUUCCCCACAGAAUGCAAAGCUGAUCUACACCAAGCAAGACCACAAAAACAAGAACUAUACACGCAAUACCGACUGCUGGGCGUACGGCCUUGACAUUACGUGCAUGUCUCCGUGGAACAGUGAGCAUGGAGUGCGCAAGGCUGGGACGCUGGUGUCUCCCCGCCACGCCGUAUGGGCCAGGCACUAUAACAUCCCUGUGAACACCACGAUCAGGUUCGUAGACGCCGGGAACGAUGUAGUUGACAGGAGGAUCGUAGCUACAAGGUACGUGGAUCCUGCAUCCCACAGUUUCUGGGGACACGAUAUCGUUGUUGGCCUGCUUGACCAGGAUGUUCCGUCAACAAUCGGAUUUGCUCGAGUGCUUCCGCGAAACCUUACAUCAUUCAGAGGUCCUCGUCAAGACCGUCUCCCGACCUUCAGCUCCGAUUUCGAGGAGAAGGCUUUGAUUGAUGACUUAAGUGUAAUCUCGUCAAACUACGCGAGUCUCCUCGAACCAUCCAAGUUCUCAUUACGUCAUCUCUACUAUGAACCAAAGAUCGUCGGCGACAGCGGCAACCCGACGUUUUUCGUCAUCAACAACGAGCUCGUUCUGUUAUUUGUUUUCACGUCUGGCGGAGCAGGGGGCGGCACGUCUAUCGUUCAUUAUCAUGAUCAGAUUAACGCCAUCAUGGCGACACUGGGUGGCGGAUAUCGCCUCACCGAGGUCAAUCUUGACGGAUUCCUCAACCAAGGUCACACUCUCCCUAUUAUCAUUGGAUAAAGUAUGUAUGCUUGAUCAGUAGUUUCCAUGGUAAUAAAAAAAAGACAUGCAUUGUA